CGGACACAGCGAUGGCGGCCCUAGCUAGUCGAGGUCCGUCGUUUUUCAGAACUACAUGUAGGGCUGCCCACACAGCGGCGGCACCAUCGUCAACAGCAAGCGCACUCGAACUCAUUCGCUCUCAGCCUUCUCAAUACGUCGUUGCCUCCAUUGUAGGCACCAAGUACCUCUUGUCUCCGCGAGACGUCCUCACCAUACCCCGACUACGCGAUGUCAAAGUCGGUGACGUUCUUGCAUUGGAUGAAAUCCAUGAAAUUGGCUCCCGGGAAUACACGCUGCGCGGUAACCCUACCAUACCUGCCAGCCGUAUAAAAAUUGAGGCAACAGUGGUGGAGCAUACAAAGGGCAAGAUGGAGUUCAUCUUCAAGAAAAAGCGGAGAAAGGGUUACCAAAAGACGAAGAAACAUAAGCAGACGUAUACGCGUCUUAGGAUUGGGGACAUUGACAUACCGGCCGUUGCAGAUGCAGCACGAUCAUAAUACCGGUUCCUGUUUUGUUGUUAUCUUUGCACUAUCUGAUUCCUUAAGUUUGGUGCGCAGUGAACUUAUAAGAAGACUUCACCUUUGGAAUAGGCGCAGUCGAAAUCAGACCAGACUAAAACGGUCAAUGCUGUUCCUUGGUACGAAAGUCGGUUUGUACCGUUCCUUGCUGGAAGGGUUCAAACUUCGCGUGGUACGAAAUUAUCUUAGAAAGAAAUUGACGCGUCAGAUAGUGGACAUCGACGCGGCAGUAACGAG